CUACACACCACAUCAGUUUCAACCAACCAAACCUCAGAGCUAUCCCCAGCUGCUCCCUAUAUAAAUCAUUCCAGCCAUUUCUCCUCAUAUCAUCUAUUGCAGCAUUACAGGUGUUUUCUGUGAUGGCGUAUAUCAGUGGCAAAGCCUUUGAACUUUCUGUACUUAAAGAAGAACCAACUUUGGUGCCUCCUGCAGAAGAAACAGAGAAGGGCCUGUAUUACCUCUCAAACCUGGACCAGAACAUUGCGGUCAUCAUUCGUACCAUCUACUGCUUCAAAUCGGAUUUAAAAGGGAAUGAAGAAGCUGUGGCGAUCAUAAAGAGUGCCCUGUCAAAGGUUCUUGUUCAUUACUACCCUUUGGCAGGGAGGUUAAGUAUCAGCACAGAGGGGAAGCUGAUAGUGGAUUGCACAGGUGAUGGUGCUGUGUUUGUUGAAGCUGAAGCAAACUGUGAAAUGGAAAAGAUAGGUGACAUAACAAAGCCUGAUCCUUUGACUCUUGGGAAGCUGGUUCAUGAUAUCCCUGGUGCCAAGAACAUACUUGAGAUUCCUCCCCUGGUUGCUCAGGUGACCAAGUUCAGAUGUGGAGGAUUUGUCCUUGGGCUAUGUAACAACCACUGUAUGUUUGAUGGGCUUGGGGCAAUGGAAUUUGUGAACUCAUGGGGUGAGACUGCUAGAGGCUUGCCACUUAAGGUCACCCCAUUUCUAGACAGAAGCAUACUUAAAGCCAGAAACCCACCUAAGAUAGAGUUUCCACACAACGAAUUUGCUGAGAUUGAAGAUAUAUCUGAUAACGCCAAACUCUAUGAAGAAGAAUUGCUAUAUAGGUCUUUCAUUUUUUACCCUGAGAACCUUGAAAAGCUCAAGAAAAUGGCCCUGGAAGAUGGGGUUCUUGACAAGUGCACUACAUUUCAAGCACUCUCUGCCUUUGUCUGGAGAGCUAGAACUCAGGCCUUAAGAAUGAGACCAGAUCAGAAAACAAAGCUUCUUUUUGCUGUUGAUGGGCGCUCAAGAUUUGAGCCACCAAUACCAGAAGGGUUCUGUGGGAAUGCAAUUGUGCUAACAAAUUCACUGUGUAGUGCAGGGGAGCUAUUGGAGAAGCCGUUAUCAUUUGCUGUUGGGCUAGUUGAUAAAGCAGUUCACAUGGUUACAGGUAGUUAUAUGAGGUCUGCCAUAGACUACUUUGAAGUAACAAGAGCUAGGCCUUCUUUGUCUGCAACUCUUUUGAUCACAACUUGGUCUAAGCUAGCUUUCCACUCUACUGAUUUUGGGUGGGGAGAGCCUGUGCUGUCAGGGCCAGUGAGUUUGCCUGAGAAGGAAGUAAGUUUGUUCCUUUCUCAUGGGAAAGACAGGAAAAGCAUAAAUGUACUUUUGGGUCUGCCAGCUUCUGCUAUGAAGAUAUUUGAAGAGUUGAUGCAGAUUUAAAAAAGAAAAGUUGGCCAGGUUAAGGAGGAGAAGCAAUAAUCAUAACCCCAAUUCAAUUUACAAAGUGAAGAAAGAAAGAAAUAAAUCUUGAGAAUGAAUAAAAGGGUGGUAGAACUUGCAAAGUUUGUUAUGCAUAUGUUUCAUCUAUUUUCUUUGUUUCAUUUUAAUGUGUAUGGUUUUUAUGGUGAGUAUUAUACAUAUGUUCAGCAGUUCAUAAAGAAGAACAUGAAGUCAACUUCUAAAUCA